AAAAAAACGUGGACCAGGCAACCUCACAAAGCGACCUGGGACCAUAAAUACAGACGACAGAUCGCACCCUCACUCACAACUGUUUGUGACAGACGAGAUUCACAGCCAUGGUCGUAGACACGACGUACUAUGACGCUUUAGGCGUCAAGACAGACGCUGAUCAACUCGAGAUUAAGAAAGCAUACCGAAAGCUCGCAAUCAUAACACAUCCAGACAAGAACCCCGGUGACGACACAGCUCACGAGCGCUUCCAAUCAAUCGGCGAAGCCUACCAAGUACUCAGCAACCCCGAUCUGCGCUCGCAGUACGACAAGCACGGCAAAGAGUAUGCGAAGCCACAGGAAGGGUUCGCAGACCCGGCCGAGUUCUUCGGGACGAUCUUCGGCGGCGAGGCGUUCGUGGACCUGAUCGGCGAGAUCUCGCUCAUGAAGGACCUGACGCGGACGAUGGACAUUACGAUGCAGGAGGGCGCGGAGGAGGAGGAGUUCCCCGGCGAGGAGCAGGCGAGGCAGGAGAGUAUCGCGGAUGAGCAGCGGAGGGCGGCUGCUGCUGCUGCGGCGACUUCGGGGGGCGAGGGCAGCAAGGUGCCUGCUCCGAGUGUGGUGGAGAGCGCGGAUGAGAAAUCUACGUUUUCUUCUGCAAGCACGGCGUUCGAGAAGCCUUCUGUCAGUCCGUCUGCUUCUGGCACAUCGACACCCAAGAGAAGCCAGGGGAUUCCGCUUAGGCCGGCAAUUAUGGAUAAGACGGAAGAGGACGCCGCCAUGUCAGCUGCUGGCUUGACGGAAGAGGAAAAAGAGCUCAGAAAGAAGGAUAAGAAGAAGGGCGGUCUGUCAAAGGCACAAAGGGAGGAGCUAGCAGCGUACGAGAAAGAGCGCUCGCGCAUACGGCAAGAGAGAGUUGACACCCUGGCCAAGAAACUUGUAGACCGCAUCAGCAUCUGGACGGAAACUGACAAGGGGCCCGACGUCACGAAAGCAUUCCAAGAGAAGACGCGCCUGGAAGUUGAGAAUCUGAAGAUGGAGUCCUUUGGCCUCGACAUCCUGCACGCUAUCGGCACUACGUAUCUACAGAAAGCUACUGCUUUAUUGAAAUCGCAGAAGUUUUUGGGGAUUGGCGGGUUCUUCUCGCGGCUGAAGGAUAAGGGGACCCUGGCUAAGGAGACGUGGAACACAAUUUCUAGUGCUAUUGAUGCGCAGAUGACGAUGGAAGAGAUGGCAAAGAUGGAGGAGAAGGGCGGCGAGGACUGGACGGAUGAGAAGAAGGUCGAGUACGAGCGGAGAGUCACAGGCAAGAUCUUGAAUGCGGCGUGGCGGGGGAGCAAGUUCGAGAUCCAAGGCGUGCUGCGGGAUGUCUGUGAUGAGAUUUUGAAUGAUAAGAAGGUGCCUAUGUCUAAGAGGUUGGAGCGGGCGCAGGCGUUGGUCAUUUCAGGGGAGAUUUAUCAGAAGGCACAACGCAACCCAGAGGAGGAAGGCGACUACAUGGCUUUCGAGCAGCUGGUCGCCGAAGCGGCCGCCAAGAAAGAGAAGAAGAAGACGUCGAAAGACAAGAAAGCCGAUCCAGCCCACGCCCACCCUGCUUCCGAGGCAGCAGCCGAUGCGCCCAAUGUCCCGAGGUCUUAGUCGAGGCUUCUUUCUUCUUUCUUCUUUCUAGCGAUUUAGUGAGGUUCGAGGGACUAAAGGGGUUGAGAACUUUGAUCAGAGGUGUGAAUGGGUGAUGAAUUGCAUGAGAGAUAGCCAGAAAUUUCCCCUUGCUUUGAGCGAUGGAACAGAAUGAGUGGAAAGGAGCAUACUGCAUAGAAUACAUCCCCCUUUCAUUUUGCAUGUACUUGGUUGUUUUGCGGCCGCUGGCGGUUAGGUCUUCCUGAUCGCGAGAGUAGAGAUAUUAAUGUCAUGCGAUGUCCACGUCUUCUUUUCAGCCUGUAUUCGCGCUGGUUAAUAGUAGCAAUGCGAGUGGUAUAGAUGCGGUGUGUGAGUGAAGUGUAUGAAGUGUAUGAAGUGUAUGAAGUGUAUGAAGUGUAUGAAGUGUAUGAAGUGUAUGAAGUGUAUGAAGUGUAUGAAGUGAAGUGUGGAGUGAAGCAUCUAGAUAGAGUGAACUUUGG